AUGGGAAAAGCCGGCUUCGAGCUCCUCCUCGCCAAACAAGGAACCGAUCUGUCCGCGCACACCAUCUCCGUGGAGCAGAGCACGAAUGGAAUCAAGAACGUGAUUGAGAAUGCCAGUUUGGAGAGUACAAAUGGGAAGUUCCUUGGUCCUGAUGGUGGGGAGUUGCCUUGGUGA